AUGUCAGACGAGGGACAACUGGAGGCGAUUCCGGCGGAGCAGACAGAAAUCCAGAGCGACUUCCUGGAUGAGACAGAGUUCCUUGAGGAAAACUCGGACCUGUACGAAGGCCCGGCCAAGAACGAGAACUUCGGGGAGUCCCUGGAGUUGCUGACGCUGUCCCACAGCGAUGCAGCCGCCUUGCGGCAUUCCUGGGACGUUCUGGCCAAUGUCCUUGGCGACCGGGAAAGCGUCGGGGAUGCGAUCUACGGCGCUUUGACCUCUGCCCUGGCCAGCCUGAAGGAUGCUUUCCGAGACCCCCGUGCAGUGAUGUCGGUGCGCAUGUUCAACGGCUUCGGCAUGAUGGUCGACAAGCGCCAGCAGCCGGAAGAACUGAAACUUCUGGUAGAGACCUUGGCCUUCAAGCACUUGGGUCAAGAAGUCUCAGAAGUUCGCGUGGGUUUGAUCGCCGAUGCCUUUGUUGAGCUCAUGAUGCAGAACUUGCCCGAGCCGCCUCCGGGCUGUGGUUCGGCCUGGCGGCAGCUGCUCAUGUAUGUUGGCUCUGCCUUCAGGUUCGUGAGUGCCACCUUUGGGCAGCGGCUGAAGACCAUCGAGGCGACGGUGGCCUUCCUCUUCGCCACCAUCUCCAGCUUCUCGGCUCUGCUCCACGAGAGCGCCCUGCCUGUCUUGGAGGAUGCGGCGCUGCGGCUAAUGGACUUGGCAGGCCCGCAGGUGGCCCAUGUGCGGCUGCCGGUGUGCGCCCCGGGCGUGGUGGAGGGUGUGGAGUUUUCCAUCCUGGACUCUGUGCCGGAUGAGCACAUGAGGAACUUCUACCACGUGGAUUCCAUUGUGAAGGAGCCAGAGAUGGCGGACCUGGACGCCUACGUCCUGGUGCCCACCAUGCUCUCCAAGCGCUUCCUGGCGCUGGCCAGCGUGCUGCAACGCUCGCAGAGCCCCCUGCUGCUGCUGGGCCCGGCGGGCUCCGGCAAGUCUGCUUUGCUGUCGCAGGCCAUUUCGCAGCUGCCCCUGAGGGAGGUGCCCAGUACUCUGCCCGCCGCCUACGCCUCGCACUGCGGCAAGGCCACGGCCACGGCGGGCUUCGGGGACCGUGCCGAGCUGCUUUACAUGAGUGCAGCGCAUUGGAUCCAGCCAGGCCGCUGGGAGCGGUUCUUGCAGAGCCUCACACGCACCUCGCAGCAUGGCCUGAGGCCAAGGCUCUACUCCUGGUGUGCCUUCGUCAUUGACGACUGUCACUGUGCCUCGACGAACCUGCGGGAAGCCUGGCGCUUCACCCUGGAACGCGGCCUGGUGCAUAGCCCCGGCGCGGUGGGAGCCCGCAAAGCAGAAGGAGGCAAGCGGCAAAUGGACCGCCUGGAGCGAGAGGCGCCGGUGGUCAGCGUGCGGCACGUGGAGGGCGUGAUGAUGAUCUUGGCUGCCCGCAGCGCAGCAGAGCUGGCGGGCAGGCACAACUUCUUACGCCACACCUGGCUGUUCAACCUGGAGCCCCUUCAGGACGAAGCUGAUCUUCUGAAGAUCGUCGGCGACAACAUGUCUCACUUCAUCUUCGUGAAGGACAUUGCUCCCAGCGUGGUCUCAAAGAAGAUGCUCUACGCGCGGAGCUGA